AUGGACAAGUUGGUACUGAUCUACUGUACAGUAGUUGUAAUGGAUGUGUUAUAUUUGCAUACAAUGAUAAACAAUUGUAUAUUAAAAACGAUGUUGAGCGAAAGUUUAAAGAAAGUUGGAUUUUCAGACGAUUUUGGAUUUAUAAACUACUGUUUUGCAAAGCAAUUUGAGGAUAUUGAUCAAUUUAAAAAACAUGUAAAAGAAGAGUACGACAAUACUGUCCUAGCAACCAUCGAUAUACUGGUGGCAUUCUUCGAGCUCAGUACGAGUUAUUCGAAUGCUCACGAUUAUUUAUAUGAGCCACGACUGUUUUGUUAUAAGGAAAUUAAUAAGAAAAGCUUUUUGACUUGUGUGUUUUGCAAUUUGCCCCCUGCAGAAUUAGAAAGUCCAGUUUACGGAGCAUUCUAUGUAAAAAUGAUUGUGUACAUAGGAUGCGUUAUGGGUUGGUACUUGAAAGAGGGAGUGAUUUCUGGAUAA